AUGGUUGGCAAUGAGGGAAAAAGGGUUGAAGCAGAAUCAGCAAGAAGGGAAUGGACACCAAGAUCUGUGGCUUUACUUGAUGAGCAGAUUGCUCUAGCAAGGAAUUGUAGGCCCUUGUCUUGUGGUCUAGGCAAGUAUGAAGUAGGGUAUUUCAAUGAUAGGUUUAUAGUUCAUCUGAGAAAUCAAGUAAGUUGUAGUUGUAGGAUGUACCUCAUUAGUAGAAUUCCUUGCUGCCAUAUUGCAUCUGCACUAAGACUAGAAAGGGGAGCUGCUCAAGACCCAAAGACUUUGAUCAAUAUCUGGUUUGGAAUUGGGCAGCUUAGGAGAUGCUAUCUUAAUGGAUUAAAACCUYUUAAUGGGAUGAAUCUUUGGGAGAUAACAACAGAUGUGAGGGUAAAUCCACCUCCUUACAAGAAGCUUCCUGGUAGACCUUCAGGGAAGAAGAGAAAGAGAGAGAAAGGUGAAGCUAGGCCUGGAAAACUUCCUAAGAGAGGAGUCAAAAUGCGUUGUAGCAUAUGUAGACAAGAAGGGCAUAGGAAGAACAAAUGCACCAGCGAAGCUGAACCUAAGCAAACGAAUCCACCUGGAAGACCACAUGUCAAGCCAAUAGGUCCACCUCCUACUGAUGUAUCUUUAAGCCAACCAAUCGAAUACCAAGGAAACUCUUUUUUCAGCCAAAUUGAAACAGGGUCAGCUUCUCAACCAUGUGAAGAUCUUCCUACUCUAUCAUGUGCACUACCAAGAAAGAAGCGUAGAAGACCAUGUAAGAAUCCGAUAGAAACAGUGUCAAGUUCAGCAGAAGCACCUUCUCCAGGUCCAGUUUAUGACAGUGGCCCAAGACACAUACCUAUGGAAGGUUAUGGUGUUUUCACAAGUUCAGUAACAGGUGAUGACUAUGUUUCGGUUGGUAGGUCUGUAACUGACACAAGGGACAACACGGUGUUACCUUCCUACCUCUACAAAGCAAGGGAAGCUAAGAAGUUGGCUAUUGCUAGUGGUCGUGGCAAGAUAUGA